GACACACCUCCUAGUCGUCGUCAUUUGCCUACUCAGCAAGCCUUAGCGCUCCACAUGUCCUUUUUAAAGAAGCUUACCGACGGCAUUGCCGAAGAUCUCGGCCGCUUGGGCCUUGGAUCUGAAAAGAAGGAGAGCAGGGAUGAGCAUCGUUACUCCAACCGCGAUGGCGUAGGCCACUACCCUCCUCAGCAGUAUCCGCCCCAGGGAUACGGCGGCUACCACAGCCCCCAGCCCUACGGCGGCCAUUACCAGUCCCCGCCGCCGCCGCCGCCGCCUCCCGAAGGCAGCUACUAUCCCCCGCAGGGACACCAGCCCUACUCCCCUCCCCCGCCUCAGCCGAAUUACUCCUCGCCACCGCCUCAGGGCGAGACCCCGUACGCGUACCCCCCCGAACCCGGUCCGCGCCCGCCGCCUCCCUACAACCCGCCGGCCGACAAGCCGCCGAUCCCUUCCGGCUGGAAGCCGUGCUGGGAUGACCACUACCAGCGCUGGUUCUACGUAGAGGAGCACAGCGGCCGCUCCCAAUGGGAGGCUCCAGGUUAUGAGCAGUCUUACCAUCCUCCCCAGGAAGGUGACAAUCGCGGACACGAUACCCCGGGUGCUUACCAUGAUGGCUAUGGUGCUCCUCCUGCCGGCUAUGACAGUCAUCACACCUCCUACGGACAGAGCCCCUACGGAGGCGAGCACGUCAGCCCUCAGCCAGAAUACGACGACCGCGGGAGCCACAAGGAGAAGAAGAGCCACAGCGGCAUGCUUCUGGGUGCCGCCGGUGGCUUAGCCGUCGGUGCCGUCGCCGGUGCCGUCAUCGCCCACGAGCUCACCGAAAACUCAUCAGAUGACGGAAGCAACUCCGGCGGUGGCGCCUAUGCAGCGGCCCCAGCUGCUGCUGCCGCCGCCCCCGCCGCCGCCCCCGCAACUGUCGUCUACGAGACCAACAACUACUACUAUAACGAACCCCCUCCGCCACCGCCGCCGAGCGACUACCCGCCAAGCGACUAUCCUCCAGGCGUCCUGCCGACCACCAACGCCUACGGCGAGGAGAUUGACAGCAGUGACCGCGAGUCACUACGUGAGGCCCGCGACAACUACGAGGAGGCCCUGGAGGAGGCCGCCAGCUCGUCGGCGAGCAGCAGCGAGCGGGAGGAGCUCGAGGAAGCGCGGGAGGAGUACCAGGAGGAGUACGAGGAGGCCUACUACGAUGACUAGAAGCUCGCUUCACCGCGAGCUACUACCGCUCUUUCGCCACAUUCGUGCCCUUAGGCAGAUUGAUGAACCUGGGUUUGAUAUUAUUAUCCGUCGUGUCGGUUGCGUUGAAUUAAAUGCAU